AUGGCAAGUCAGCCACCUCCUCUCAACGAAAUGGAGGAAAUUUCAGAGACUAUACCUUUCAAAGACUCCAUGCCUCCACAAGAAAGCACCGAGAUGCUUCAACAACAUGAUGCUCAGACAAUAUCUUAUCCUAUCUUAGCUCGAGGAUUCAAUAUGAUGAACCUCGACAGCAAGAAUCUUCAAGACAAAGACUCUCAAAAGAUUGGUUCAGUGGCAUCACGACUUUUUGCCAUGGAGGAGCCACACGAUGCCAUCAUGAAGGCCUUUGGAGCUGAUUCUACCACUUCCAUGAUGCAAGUCAACCAAAAAGCUCUUGAGAUCAAUGAGCGUCCUCGUACCCCUUCUCAAUCUUCUGAAAGUCCCCUUAAAGAGAUUCAGGACCUUCCACAACCUUUCGUCGAUCUCAACAACCUUCGAAUUCUUAGUAAAUCCUCAAAUUUACAGGAAAAGAAGAUUCAAGAGCAAGCCAAGACGCCUUUGACGAUUACUCCAGAAGAAAUAGCACAAAGCUCCAACGACUUCAACAAAACUUGCAUUGCCCAUCCUCCAAGCAAUGUGGACCUUGAUAAGGAGGAUCACAACAAAAAGAACCAACAAGCUUCCAACAAAUCAUCCUAUUCCUCUGCCAACUCCGAUCCCCAGCAAAAGAUUCUUCGAGAUAUCCAGAAAUACUGUCCCGUCAAUUCAACCGGUAAUUACGGUUCCAUUGAGUUAAACAGAGAACUUCUCAAUGUCGACACUACUUCACUCGAUCUUUCUGAACAGCAGGUUCCACAAUACGAGCAAGAAAACUCAGAUAUGAUGUGGCUUCAGAGAGCAUGGUCAAGAGCAACUGAAGCUCUUUCUGCCGGAGAAGCUUGGAAAGGCAUGGAAAGUGAGCAAAAGGCUGCUUUUGAAAGAGCCAUCAUAUAUCGAGCUCAGCAUAAAGAGUUAGAUUCAAGCAGCUUACGACUUCAAAUGGACAAGUUUACAGCCCGUAUAUUGUUUGUUAUCGAGGGGUUACAAGCUCCAGCUUGUUCGCCGACCAGCGUAGACUUGAAGAAUAUUCUUAAGGGAGCACAAUCUUUCAACACUCUAUCACAUGAGAAAUGCAAUAUAUUGAUGGCAGCCCAGCGAAACCAUAAUAAGCACGACUUUAUCGAUAGUCUAAAGAGUGAGACUUUGCGAAGAGCCUCCGAGCACGCAAGAUCCAUUGAAAGCACUCAACCAGAUUCCUCCAAUUAUCGGGAAGAAGAUCCUUCGUCGAAGCAUCCUACGGGCCGAGUAAUACAACAGCUGACGAAGAAUUGCGGCUCUGAUUCCGAAACCAAAGGUUUGAAAGAUCUUCCUGAAAAACAAGCUACUUUCAUGGAUGGAGCUCGUCAAAAGGAACUGGUAUACAAGACGUUACUUUUAGAAAGAAAGAAGUAUGAAGAGAGAAAAUUGAAUGAUUCCGGGGUCCAUACUUCUCGAGAGAGUUUAAGUGAGAUAACAAAAGCCGCGCAUGCUCAGGUGAAAGCGAACACUUUACUCACACCGAAAGAGAAGACCCAUACCACCCCUGGUUUUUCUACCUAUAAUACUGCCCGAGGAGAGACCACUGCAAAUCUUGACCGAGCUAAGGAAAGUGAUAGGGCAAGAGAUUUUCCUACACAAGAUAGCAUCACCAAUACUGCUAGUGAUGAUUUUUCGUUUCAAGUUAUCUUUCAAGAGAACCUCAAUGCUCUUAAGAUUAUGCAACAGAAGUGUCAAGAGGAAAUAGCUCUAUAUUCACCGGGCAGAAAUAUCGAUCUCAACGAUGGUGAUGCAGUUUCCCAAGAAGCUUCAAGAGCUUCCGAGAGAACGUGGUAUCUAGAACGCAAAGCUUAUCUUCAGACGCUCCGCCAGACGCGGCAAUAUUAUGAGCAGAACAAGUCCAAUGAAAUCCACCAAGAUAGGGAACUCGAUGCAAGACGUAACGAUGCGACAUGCUUGGAUCGCAGUUAUUUCAAGGACUACAGAUACAUGACUUUCCCAGAAUUGAAUGAAAUGAGAGAAGCAAAAGAGGAAUUCAAAGCUUCUAUUGCCGAUGCCUACUGCGCUUACCUUGCCGCAAGAAGUGCUAAAGAUGAUGCUUUUACAAAAAUGGAAACAGCAGUCGCGGAGAGAAAAGAUCUUUCGAUGGGAAUUCUUCGCAGAAAUGAGUCACUUGAAAAUCCGAAACUCAAGAAAUCGAUGUCCGACGCAGACGAGAAAUUUGCUGAGUCCAAGAAUGAAUACAGCAAAAGAGCUGAAAAAACUUUUGAGGAGAAAAUCGAAGCUAUAAAUCGUGCUUGCAGCGAUAGUACUACUCAAAAGACUGAGCCAUCAAUGGACAACUCGAUUUGCUCUACGUUUGCAGCAGACCACGACUCUGUUCGUGUCAUAUUUGCACAUCUUGAAUCUCACUAUACCGCAAUGAGUGCCAAAUCCAACCUUCAGUCACUUCGUACGAUAGAUCACGCUUGGACUGAUGGUCACUAUGGUUUUCUCGAAAAAUCAAUGCGUGAUCAGAAACAGCGAAACAACUCCAUUUCAUCAAACAAUUACAUCACUGUCGAAGAGCAUGCUCCAGGUCAAUAUGAUAAUUACGAUCAAGAAGUCUUCCAAGCCUAUCUUCCUCGUCAUGAUAAAGUUGCCGCUAAUUGUGUACCAAAAACAUUGAAGACCAAUCUUUCGCCAAAGCCACUAGCAGUCACGGUCCAGGAUCCCAAUCCAGGUUGUCGAAGCUAUCAAUCGAUUAAGAGCACAGAUCGCGCUGAGUAUAUGACUAUGUUCGAAGAGUGGAAGCCCAAGCCAAGCCAUUCCGACAUCAUGAAAGCUAUGAUUCUAGGUCGAGCAGUUAGAGGACGUCAAUUAGCUGAUAAACAGCCAGUAAAGUUUGACCAUGCUACGUUCCAGCAUCUUAGACAAUGGGGUUAUUCAAGACCGGAUACUUCUAUAAGCACAGAUAAUUUUGCUGCUGUAGCAAGUACUGCGCUUGAUCUUUUAGCUGUCGAUUAUAAAGCCGCCAUCGAAGUCAACAAGAUCAGUGAUGUCACUACUACUCAUCAGGCAGUCAACAACAAGGUCAAUCCCAUCAAUGAAACCAUCGCCAACGCUGAGAUGACCGCCAUCGAUAAUCUCGCUCCCAAUGAAUUUCACAUUUCAGACACUGAUAACCCGGAGAUCACCAGCAAAGACGUGAUGCAAGAGUCACUCGUAUUAGAUCUCCCUUCCGUUCCCCCUUCUACUCCAGAAGCCGCCUCUAGCCCUAUAAAGAAAGUCGAUCUCGAAUAUAAUAGCGAUAUUCAAUCUGACGCAUCUUGGGUCAUGCCUAGUGAUGAUGAUCGUGAUGAUGUUGCAGAGGCUGGUGCACCUGAGGAACUCGAGAGUGUUGAAGAAAGCGAGGAAGUUGAGGAAUGGGAGAUGUUUUAG